CGAGAGAGAGAGCCAAAGAGCCCCAAAGCAGCGGAAUAGUGGGGGACUUAGGCAGAGGCCAAGCAACAAGCAGCCUGAGAGCGAGAGCGGAACAGAGGCGUCGUCGUCCAGUAGACUUUCAAAAUGGGCGGAGGAAAUGCGGAGAACGGCAAGAAGAUCUUUCAACAAAAGUGCGCCCAGUGUCACACCUGUGAGGUGGGUGGCAAGCACAAGGUGGGACCCAAUCUCGGUGGGAUUGUGGGUCGCAAGAGCGGCACAUCACCUGGCUACAAUUACACAGAGGCCAAUAUGAAGAGGGGCGUCACCUGGACGGAAGGGAAUCUAGACGAAUAUCUCAAGGACCCCAAGAAGUACAUUCCCGGCACAAAGAUGGUCUUUGCUGGUCUCAAAAAGGCCGAGGAUCGUGCCGAUUUGGUCGCGUUUCUCAAGUCGAACAAAUAGGAGUGGAAAACAACAAGAUGGACAUUUUGUAAUUUCGGAAACCCUGAAUUAACUAAAAAUUCAACCAAACAUUCAAUUAAGAGAUAUCUUUAAAUAUAACAUUAAUUGACCGAGAA